AUUCAUCUUCCCUUUCGUCAGUUGGGUCUUGUGUCUUGUCUUGUGUGCAGGUCUUGUGUCCACUUCUGUCUGUCUACCUGUCUACCUACUGCAAUUAUUUUAGGCGGCGCCUUGCCAAUUUAUCCGCCCUGCAACAUGUGUAGAAUGCGUUGCUGUGUAAUUACCGUGAGAAGUGAUUCUUUACUUUGCUGAUGCCAUCUUUUGUUCACUUUGCAUUCCUCGUCUCAACUGCUUACCCUUCAAGUUCUGUGGUUAGUCCUUUUUCGACGUUUAUUGGUAUCAUGCAGAAAUUGAGAAGUACAAGCUUUGGAAAUAAGCAUAGGACAGUGACAUUGCUAUGAAAGAAAGCUGCAUAAAACCUCAAUAAUUCAUAUAGUUAUCUACCAAUCUAAUUCGUUUAAAUUCUCUCAUCUAUGGAAAAUAACAGCAUUGAGUCUCAACAGCAUGUUGAGACCUUGAAGAACCCAACUCUUGAGGUUUCAACAGUUCCAUCAAGUGACACCAAAACCAAUCCUUUACUCUCGGAAGUAACUAAUAAAGUUGAUUGUUCUUGUCCGUUAUCAAGUAUCAAUAUGGUCGACCAAAUAGAAGCUGAGGCAGAGAAGAGCCAUGAACGCAGCAUUCUCUGUACUAUCUAUAAUGUAAACUUGAACCAAAGCAGUGAGUUUGUCUCACAAAUUUCCUGUGAAUCGGAGAACCCUAAAAUUCUCAAUCAAAUUUUCGAAGACUCUGGAGGUGUUGGGGUUGUGGAAGUGACUGCAGCUUGCUCAACUGCCAUUGGUGACUGUAAUCUAUUUGAUAGAAAUCCUAUCAUAGAAGAAAGUAUGACAAUUCCAAAAUUCAAAGCACUCUCUGACCUCACAUGUGAGCAAGCUGCAAUGAAGUCGCAACUGGACUGCGUCUCUGCGGCUCUUUCUGGAAGCAAUAAAAAGUGUGAAAGUAUAACCAAAGCUGACAAUGAAGUUAUAAAUGAGGAUAUGAAUAAUGUGAAGCCAAAAUCCUCAGUCGAUCCUGCUAAAAUAGCCUCUGAAAGUAGCUCAAGUGUCUUAGACCGUUUUAGUUCUACAGAUAAUACUGUACACCUCCUGGCUGAAACCCAUACAGUAACCAAUAUACUAGAAGCCAGUAAAGCCUGUAGUAACAUCAAUGGCAAUUUAGUCGCUGGAGUUGCAGAAAUGGAGGUUGUACAUGACUCAAAUUGUGAUACUAGAGCAGAUAAAAAAAUAAAUGCAACUUCUAAUGUUAUCAAUGUGAAGAAUCUUGCUGAAUCUGAGUCGAACUUAUAUAAAUUAGGAAACAAUCAAAUGAAAGUUUUGUCAGAUGUUGUGGAUGGUUUGCCCGACAGAUCUGAUGGAAGUGACUCGGGGCUUGGAUCGGAAUUGGCUGAUGAUAGAGUUUUACGAACUGACUCUCUCUCCUCAGAAGAAUUAAAUCCGGUAGCAGUCAACCAAAAUGAGUGUGAUUGGAGUGAUUACAACUACCAUCAGAUUUCAAAGCCUGUUUCAACUUUAGAGGAUAUACAGUCAAGUUCAGCCCAGAUGUUUCUCUCGCCGAUGGAUUUCGGAAAAAGUGAUCGAUCUGAUGUUGCAGCUCUCUUUUCUAUACCAUCAUCUAGUAAACAUUCUUUGAAGCGUUUUCAUAGCAACUUGAAGCAGCCUAAAAAAGUUAACUUCAAUGAGGAGCCAGAAGUAAAGAAAAAAAAGAAAUCAAUUUCAUUUGAUAGUGUCUCUGUCUUUUAUUUUCCAAGGACACAAGGGUUCACUUGUGUACCCUCCCAGGGUGGAUCCACUCUUGGAAUGUCUUGGACACACUCCCAUGCACAGCGAUUUUCUCUAGGAGAACAUGCUGCAGAACAGCGUAGGUUGCAUCGUCAUGCCUUAUCACAGCUUCGAUCUGGGCAAAACAUAAAUAAUACCCAAUGUCCAAUGAUGUCGAGUAGUGAAGACAGUGAAAGUGAUGAUCAGCCAAGUGAAUCAGAGCUUGAUCUAGAGAAUUAUUAUUUCCUACAGCCUGUACCAACACGACAAAGGCGAGCUUUGCUCCGAGCUGCUGGUAUUCACAAGAUAGACUCAAUGGAAAAGGACGAAUGCCGUGAUAUUAGAACCUCAAGGGAAUUUUGUGGUUGUUCCUGCCAAGGUUUCUGUGAUCCUGACACCUGCACUUGUUCCCAAGCUGGAAUUAAAUGUCAGGUUGAUCGGUUAAAUUUUCCUUGCGGUUGCACCAGAGAUGGCUGUGGAAAUAUUAGUGGACGUAUUGAAUUUAAUCCUGUUAGAGUUAGAACACAUUUCAUACAUACAUUGAUGAGGCUAGAAUUGGAGAAAAAACAGGCACAAGAAGAAGAAGCAGUGAAGAGAUUUGAUCUGAAUGCAGUGGCAGAAUCUCAAAGCAGUGGACAACUUGAAGUUGCAACCGAUGGAAGAAUGGCUGCUGCAGAUUUAAGUAGAGUUGACGGGUGUGCGGGAUCAGGAGUAGAAACAUGCUUCCCAAGCUACUACCAGGAGGAACUGCAGAGUUAUUAUCAUCAACCAUUUGAUGUUAAUCUAACAUCAACUAAUUUCAGUUAUAGUUAUGGACACUACGGACCAACUUACGGUCAAGCUGAUAAUGAGUUGCCACCCUUGGAGUUUCACCCCCAUCCUAUAACUUACGACCAAUUUCCCUCCUCCACCUCGUUACUGUACAGUCAGCCAAGCUCGAAUGAGCAAUUGUGUUUUGCCAGCAACUCGGAAACUAAGUUAGAAUCUUUCUCUGAACUUCUUCAAAGCCGUUUCCUAGAACCAAAUGUUGCAACUACGAAUGAAGUCCAUGUCGACGCGAACAGUCAAGGAGAGAAUAACCCAAACACAUUAGAAGAGUGUGAGAAUUUUGGUGAAAUAAUUAAAAAAACAAUGGUAGAAAGUGCAUCCGCCUAAUCAAUUUCAAAGAUUUUCCUCCUUUAUUUUUGCUGUAUGUAUAAAUUAUUUUUUGAAUUAUAAUGUAAAGGGAUGUGUAUGUACCCGUACGUAUGAGAUUGGGUAGAGAAGGUAGAAUGCACUUGUAAGUAUGUGCAAAUGAUAAAAAUUCUGCAGCUGCUCACAUUUGCAACAUCUUAUUUUGAUGCUCCUGUAACUGUUAGGUUCCUCUCUAAAUAAUUCACAUCACUUUUCAUCGCUCCAUUAAUUAACCCUAACCUUUUUGUAGGUAAAUAUAGGCUCUCUGUUGUUUAUUUUGUGUUAAUGUCUGUCAAUUUCUUUAUCUGAAAUUUAUUUGACGUAAAAUCUUCAUUCCUUUUUCCUCAUAAUUAAAAAAAUGAAAAAUAAAUAAAUAAAAAAAAAUAAACCCUUAUCCUUUUGGUCUUGCAACUGGGUUGAGAUUUUUGAUUCUGGGAGCUUAAUCAAGCUGAUGUAUGAUCAGAAGUCAAAUCUUUCUAAUUGAACUUCUCUCAAACAGGAUGUAAUUUCUUUCUCUGGUUUUUCAUCGAUUUUCUGUCCAUUAAAAACGGAAAGUAGAAUACGGUCACCAUUUCAAAAUUCACAGGUCUAGAGACAUCAUGUUGGUCUCAGUUUAAAGAUCAGACCUCUAGUUUUUGAUCAGGGUUGCUGGCGAUCUGAAAAACCGGGAAGGUCAAGAAAUUUGUUGGAAAAGUCAUAGGGACUUUUGCAAUGUGCGUUUAGCAGAAGUGAGUGUAAUUUAUAUGAGGAAAAAAGCGUUGUGGAAGUUUAAUUCGAAUGUCAGGGAAAGUCAGGAAAUUGGACGAUGAAGAAACCCUGUUGAUUUAAACUAGGGUCAUUUUAUUUGGUCAAGUAUUCACAAAGUUAUGACGGAGAGGUUGAGUGAUUUUGACAAGUUCAGCUGUUUAAUGUACCUAUCAUAUUUCCCGAACGCGGCUCUUGUCAAAAUUCGUUCUCUCAGAAUAUUUUUAUGUCAUCAUAACAUCAUGGAACUAACUUAACCUUGAAGGGAAUGUUAAGAACGAUUCCAUCAGCAGCAUUGUGGGAGUUGAGGCAUGUCUAAACAACUUGCUGAAAGCCGCAAGAUUGUUCAAUUUGGUUCCUUUCACUCAUGCCUUACAUCAUCUAAGCUUUGAGAUGGAUUUUCUAAUGGAGGAAUGGUGUGCUUCUGUUGAAUCAUUUAUUUUCAUCUACAAAAUGAACCAACAUGUUUCCUUUUUUGUUGUGUAUUGUGCAAAUUCCCGUUGCCUGAUUUUGGUCCUCCUCUUUUCCAGUUUUAGCCGUUAAGUCCCCUUUUAGAUUCACAUGCCGUAUUGAUUUGCUCUAAUGCAUGUUUUGUUAUGCUUCCUAGAAGCAUUGCAGCCCUUCUGUAUCUUCCUUAAUUUUAUUUUGUUUUAAAAUUUUAUGGGCAAGCCCAUUAAAAAAUAUAUACCAAAAAGUAGAAAACAAAUGACCACCACUCAAAAAGAUAGGAGAAAGAUAAAGAGAAAAAAAGUAGGGGAAAAGUGAGGUAGCCUAGUAAAAUUGUGGGAAACGGAUAUCAAAUCACCAAAAGGAAGUAAGCUAACGGAUCUCAUCAUCAGUGGAAAUGGGAAGACAGACUCAGAUUUCACGAUAAGUAAAUCCUUAAAUAAUUUUUCAAAGAGAAAAUGAGCAAAUCGAAAAAAUCAACUCUAAGGGAAAAUUCAUCACCAAUCCCAUUUAAAUGUGCCAUUAACAAUCUGUUCACCAAGUUUUGCAACAAGUAUUUUUUUAUUUUAAAAUUAGCCUUUUAGCCUAACUCUGCAAAUUCUUUCAUGGAUGUUCUUGUGUUCGAAGACUCUCUCUUGCUUCCUAGGACAUAACGAAAACUGUUCUCAAGUACCCUGUACUUCUGGCUGGUCUGCUUUUUAUAUUCAGCCGAAAUGUAGUUUAUAGGAUUCAUUCCUCAUCUUGGUAGCGUCUUUCCGGUAUUAGCACUAGGAGUCCUUCCUAUAUUAGCACUAGGCUGGUCCACUGUGUAUUUCAAGCUGAAAUAUGCCUUGUAGAUUCUUUCUUCACCUAAAGUGUUUUUCCUGCAUUAUCAUUAUGUCUCCCUUAUACUUCUACAUUUUAUUGGCAACUUCUACCAUCUUUCCAGAUUGUUUUAGAAUUCUAACAUUCUGCUCCGCAGUCAACACAUCUGUAAAUUUGGUUUUCCUUCCUCCAAGAUCUAAAAUAUUCGGAUUGAUUAGUUUGCAUGUUGCUUUGCACUGAAGGCAGGGGUUUUUUACACUAACAAUAAGUAGUGUUGCUGGCCUGACACACAGCCUUCUUUCCUUUCCUGAGCUUGGGACUGGCUGGAGAUGAACAUUUCGACACUAGCUGAAGUACUUGCAGACUCUACGAAUCUGGAACUAAUUGGAGAACUUGUACGUUGUAGGAUUUUACCCUGCAUUAAAGUUCUCAUGACUUUUUCAAUUUCUGACCAAAUGAGAUGAUCUUUUUCUUGAUCACUACUUGCUCCAGGAUCAAAUAUUUAAAAUGUGACCAAAAUCUUGUCUCUAAUAAUAUCAGUUUAAUACGUGAUGAGGUCAAACUAACCAUUGCUUUGAUUCAAGAUUUUAUAGGAAUUUAAUCCAACUCGUGCAUUUUGGAUCUUUGAAAUCCAUCAUCAGAGUUACAAUUUAAAGUUUACAAUCAUACAUUGCUAGUUACAGUGGCUUCAAUUGAGUGUGAAAAAUUUAAACUGUAAGACAUUGAUAAUUAUACAUGUGUAAAAUUUAUUGUCGCUUCAGAAAAACAGCUCUUAUCACAUUUGAUAAGAAGUACGUUUUUAUUUUCUUGUGACGUUACAUUUCAACUUUUCUAUGAUGAUGUAUUUUUCGUUUUUCAGUAUAUUCCGAUUUUGCUUCCAUCACCAUAGUUAUACCUUGAAAUUAUCAGUUCACACAGUUCACACAGCAGCUCCCAUUCAUGAAUGAAAUUAAUCAAACUGCAUACCUUACAAAUUCUUUUUAAACUCUUAAGUACAUGGCUUUAAGACCACCACCUUCUAUGUUUUCUCUGUUUCUCUGAUGGCAGAGUGGUUGCAUGUAUUCCUUGUUUUCGUCAGUUAAAGUUAAUGUUACUUUACGUUGUAAUUUUUAAUAAACUUUGUUUUGUUCAUUGUUA